CUUGUUUUGCGCCGCUCGGCACCGCCCGGGCUCGGGGAGCGGGAGUCGUAGCCGCCGCUGCGGUCCCAGUUUGCAAAACGGAUUUCAUGAGAGCGGAUGAGCAGGAACAAGGAGAACUGCUGUUGGUUGGAAGAAGUGAUGAGGACUCAGCAAGGAUUCAGGAAUUGUCAGGGGAGAUUCUAUUAUUUCUUCCAGAAAGCUCUUUAAAACAACUGUUACUCCCUUACUCAUGUUACAUGGAGCCUGGGAUUGAAUUGAAAAAUGAUGACCAAUAGAGUAUGGAUCCCACAUCUUACAAACUCCCCCUCACUCAUUGUCAUGGUGGGUCUCCCAGCCCGAGGGAAAACAUACAUAUCAAAGAAACUGACUCGCUAUUUCAACUGGAUUGGGGUCCCCACGAAAGCAUUUAAUGUUGGGCAGUAUCGUCGUGACCUGGUGAAAACCUACAAAUCCUUUGAAUUUUUCCUUCCUGACAAUGAAGAAGGAUUGCAAAUUCGAAGACGAUGUGCAUUAACAGCGAUGAAAGAUGUGAAGAAAUAUCUUGAUGAAGAAGGGGGUCAGGUGGCGGUCUUUGAUGCCACGAACACAACACGGGAACGGAGAGACAUCAUCCUAAACUUUGCUGAGCAGAACGGGUACAAGGUGUUUUUUGUUGAGUCGGUCUGUGAAGAUCCCGAAGUUAUUGAGACAAACAUUGUGCAAGUGAAACUGGGCAGUCCAGACUACAGUGACUGUAACAACGAUGAAGCGAUAUCUGACUUCCUGAAAAGAAUUGAGUGUUAUCAAAACACUUACCAAACUCUGGAUGAAGUGUCAGAUCGGGAUCUUUCCUUUAUUAAAAUCAUUGAUGUUGGAAGACGGUACCUUGUCAAUCACGUACUUGAUCAUAUUCAAAGCAAAAUUGUUUACUACCUCAUGAACAUCCACAUAACUCCUCGAUCAAUCUACCUCUGUCGCCAUGGCGAGAGUGACCUGAAUCUGAAGGGCAGGAUCGGUGGUGACUCGGGACUUUCUUUCCGAGGCAAACAGUUUGCCAAAUCGUUAGGAAAGUUUAUACAGGAGCAGAACAUAAGGGACUUGAAGGUCUGGACAAGUCAGAUGAAAAGGACAAUCCAGACUGCGGAAGCCUUGAAGGUGCCUUAUGAGCAGUGGAAAAUAUUGAAUGAAAUUGAUGCGGGUGUCUGUGAGGAGAUGACAUAUGAGGAGAUUCAGAUGAACUACCCAGCUGAAUUUGCACUAAGAGAUCAAGACAAAUACAGAUAUCGCUAUCCAAAGGGUGAGUCUUACGAAGAUCUGGUACAGCGCCUGGAGCCGGUAAUCAUGGAGCUAGAGAGACAAGAAAAUGUUUUGGUCAUCUGUCACCAGGCUGUCAUGCGUUGUUUGCUGGCGUACUUCCUCGAUAAGACAGCAGAGGAACUCCCGUACCUGAAGUGCCCACUGCACACUGUCUUAAAGUUGACCCCAGUAGCUUAUGGAUGUAAAGUUGAAUCUAUUUUCCUGAAUAUUGAAGCUGUCAACACACACCGAGAAAAGCCUGAGAAUGUGAAUGUGAAUCGGACUUCGGAGGAUGCACUGAAAACUGUCCCAGCUCAAUAUCCAGCUGCUGACUUCGAGUACCUGCAAGAUUGAAACUGAAAUCCUUCCUGUGAUUGGACAGCACGGGACCUGAUAUACACAGCAUAAUUCACAUCACUGUUCAGGGUCUGAUACGUUUGAUCAACGAUCACAAAGCGACGUUGUCUUCAUAUGUCUUCAGAGAUAUUUAACCAGCUCUCUCAGCAGGUUCUCUAUUUGUCUGCUGCCUGAGCUGUGAGGCUUUCAGCUUGUCUUGUGUGACAGCAAUGCUUAGGUCUUUAUUAGUGCCAUGCUAUCAAUUCUGUUUGUUAUUUUCUUCUUCACACUGAGAUGGAAAUGACACUCUGUAAGAUUGCAGUUUUGGAAUUCAGGGUCUUAAAAGUGAAAUGUAUUUUAGCACAAGCUUCCUAUUAUUGAAUUGAGUGCAGCACUAAGCUGUUAGCUGGGUGUAGCCUUCCCUAAGGCUCAAACUUUCAAAUGAACCUGUUCAGAGAUGACAUUGUACCCCUCUGGAACAGGUGGGAGUUGACCUGGGCCUCCUGGCUCAGAGGUUUGAACAGAUGAUGAGGCUUUAAAACAUGGUGCAGUGACCUGAACCCAGAAUCCAGCCUGAGCUCACUGCAGCGCUGGGGGAGACCCGCACUGUCGGAGGGUCAGCGCUGCGGGAGACCCGCACUGUUGGAGGGGGUCAGCGCUGGGGAUGCGCCAUCAUGGGGUGUGUCUAUUGAAAGAUGAGGAGAUGUUCUUCCCAUGUGCUGUGACGUUUAAGCAUGUUCUUGACUCAGUCAUGUUUAGUUUAUGGGAUCUUGCUGUGUUGACAUUGAUUGCAGUCUUUUCCAACAAUGAUGACACUGCACAAAAUAUUCAUUGGUUGUAAUGAGCUUGUGACAGGUGCUAUAUAAAAGAGAAUCUUUUGUUAGCAAAGUUUUAAUAAAGUGAACAUGAAGCAUCAGCAGCUUUGCCUGACAUCAGUUCUGAGAGUUCUUGGCCAAGACGAAUUGAGUUUCUCUUUGUCAUUCCCAGAUCAUAGAACAGAGUGUCCUCUAUUCCUCAGUUCAGACAUCUCUCAGCAACGAUAAGGAAAAGCACAGAACAAUCGACUCUGUGUUCCUGAAUAUUGUGGAACAAUUCAGUUCUGUGUCUUGUGGAGUACAGUGGGUUUUCUGUCUGAGUGAUAGAGAACCUGAGUUCAUUUGUGUUCAUUCAGGAAUCAUUACUGAAUUCCAAGAAAAUAAUCUUAUUCCAUUUCUACUCUUGAAACUCCUUUCAGUGGAAUCUCCCAACUUAAAUGGGAAAUUUGUAUAUUUACACAAACCUGCAAACAGUGCUGCCCCCACCCCCCACCUAACAUACUGUAUGUACCCAUAUUGACUGCUACUUAGAGAUUAAUUUGUAUAUAUUAAAUAAAAAUACAUUUUAAAA